UCACCGUGGCGGAUGACCUACUCAAAAACGACGGCAGACGCUUCAUCGAAAUGAUGGAGCAGCUUGCGGAACGUCGAAUGGCCCGAGAAGAGGACGCGCGAGAGCACUUCGCUCGCGGCUACGGUCAUCCCAACGGCUCAUACUCCGCUCCUCACAACCAUCCUCCUCCUGAAGACGAAGACUACGAGGACGAAGAAGAGGAGGAGGAAGAGGACUACGACGAUAGUCAAGACGAGGAGUAUGAGGAUGAAGAGGACCCGAUGACAGAAGAGCAGCGAAUGGAAGAAGGCCGACGCAUGUUUCAGAUAUUCGCCGCCCGCAUGUUCGAACAACGAGUACUAUCCGCGUACAAAGAGAAAGUGGCCAAGGAGCGUCAAGAAAAGCUACUAGAGGAGCUGGAGGAGGAAAGCCGAGCGGUGGACGAGCAAAAGGCGAAAAAGGCAAAGAAUGCUCAAAAGAAGAAGGACAAGGCGGCCCAAAGGAAGCAAGCGCUUGCGGACGAGAAGGCUCGAAAAGAAGCCGAGAAGGCCGCCGAGGAAACCGCCCGAAUUGAAGCCGAGAGGAAGAAGAUUGCUGAGCAGAAACAGAAAGCCGAAGAGAAACGCAAGCAGAAGGAAGCCCAAAAGAAGGCCGAAGAGGACGCGCGGCUAAAGAAGGAGGCUGAACGACUGCGGCGGAUCCACGAGCAGAAAGAGAAGCAAGCCGAAGUGGAACGAAAAGCGCGCGAGGCCAAAGAGCGAGAAAAGAAGCUCAAGGAUGAGCAACGCACCAAAGAGCGGGAAGCCCGAGAGCAGAAAGAGCGAGAAGCUCAGGAGCGUAAGGAGAAACAGGAACGCGACAAGCGAGAAAAGGAGGCCAGAGCUGCAAAGUCCCAGAAGGAGUCUCGAGAAGCGGCAGAGGCCGCCAGAGAAGAGCAGCUGCAGCGAGCCAAGGAAGAAAAGGCUGCCCCAAAGGUUUCCUCUGUUCCGGUAGCCCAGACUCAGCCCUCACAGCCUGCCAAGCGUGGAAAUCAGCAACAGCAACAGCAGCCUCCCCAGACGGCGCAGACUCCUGUUAUCUUGCCCGCAGUCUUGCCUCAACAUCCUCCUAAUCCAGCAAGCUUCAUUUCGCCAAAGAUUCCCGUAGCAACUCCGGCAAUCCCCAAGGCGCCAACUCCCAUACGGCCGAGGACGACGUCUCAGCAACACGGGACCGGGCCGGCAAGCUCAUCUGACUCGCAGACAGCAUCCGUACCUAGCCAGAGCGCAUCACCACAUUCUGUCACGCCGGUGUAUACCAGCCCUAGUUCGACUGGGCCCGAGAGGAGAAUCAGCGCAGGCACUCCGGUCACGAUACAGCCAGCUACAAUGCCAGGUACACCACCUGGGCUGCCACUGCCCAAGGGCCCAAGCCCAUCUGCCCCGUUCCAGCUACCCAUGAUGAACAUGCAGCCUCCUCCAGGGCUGGGUCCCCAUGGGCCUCCACCCCCGCCAGGUUUCUCCAACCGGCCGGGUCACGAUCCCAUUUUCCCGGUAGGGUUUCGACCGAGUCCCGGUCAUAAUAUGAUGAUUCCGCCGCCUGGUAUCAACAGCUCUGCGGUUCGCGGCUAUCCACCCGUCACAAUGCCCCCUCCCGGGUUCUCACAGCCAACUGGUGACUAUCCCAUGAACCAAGGCUAUCCCAUGCCUACCAGAGACGGUCCUGUCAUGACACACGGGCGCCAAGGUUCUAUUGGAUUCGAGAGCGCGCCCGGUACUCCUGGACAGCCGAUUGGACGACCAGCACCGAUAGGACGUCCUGGCAGCGUCAGUCAUGGAUAUUCGCGUGAUAAGGAGGAGGAUACGCAGCAUCUCGGAAGCCGUGUUCUUGUUGAAGACGAUGAGCCAUUGGGUGCAGAUGCUGGUGUUGGCGGCAUGCGUCAUCAACCACUAGGACCUCGAGGCGGCUUUGCUGCAGGCCCUUUUAUUGACUCGGGAUUUCCAAUGGGCCACAACCCUUGGGGUCCCAUCAACAGCCCUCCGCAGCCUUUCCCUCCCGCUACGGCCCAGCAGCCAUUUGCUCUACCGACAUUUGGCAAUCCAGGCUGGGGUCCUCCAAGCGGCCCACCAGGAUUUCAUGUUGGAUCUCCGAGCGGAUUGGGAUCCAUUCGCGCCCAGCCUCGCCACGUAACAGUGCGCCUGCUACUCUCACAGGCGUGCAAAGAGUUGACAAAUUCGGCCACUGCCGACAAGGAUGGUUACGUUGAUCUGGCAGACAUCAAGGGACAUGUCAGUCUGGUGUCUGGUGACCCCAGCAUCUCGGAACAAGACCUGUUAAACCUUUGCGAUACUGUCGGCAGUCUGUCAAAUGGUGGGGGAUCCUUUGAUGUGAAGCAAGAUGCUGUGGGGCUCAAGAAGAUACGAUGGGUUCCUGACACGGACGAGGGGCUAAAUCCUCACUUUCGGGCAGUUGGAGCUCCCGGUGAGAUUGGCAGUCCUUUGGUAGGCCAUGCCUCUUUGCGCGGGAUUUAGGCAGAUCUCGAAAAGAUGCAGCACAUGGGAACUGAAGAGAGCCCUUCUAGGCGGAUGAACCUAUUGGAACGGAUCGGUGUUACCCCGUCGUCUGCUACGGCUGAGUCCCAGGCACUUCGCAUUGCGAUGGGCAUGAAUACCACGGAUACUGCGCAGGCGUCGACAAAUUCCCCCUUCGUCGGCUCGAUAAAUACACACACGCACAGAGACGAUGCUUCUCUCUGGCAGAAUGAUCAGAGUACUAUGAGAGGGACGCACAAAAAGGGUAUCAGCGAAAACAUUACAUACAGCGGCUAUCAUGGGAAUGCUACGGAUGAAAGCAGUAAAGUGGACACCUGGGU